AUGGAUUAUGAUUGUGACCAUAAAAAUGUAUUGGAAGCUUAUGGACUUAUGGAGCCAAAACCAACUCUAAGGAAACUUCAAAAGCAGCUGUGCGGCGCCGUGCUCGACGGCCCUGGCUGCUACACCACCCGCUCCGGGGAAAAGUUCUCCCCCCACUGCCACGACUUCGCAUGGGCUAUCCUAGCCUGUGCGAUGGCGUUUGGGCUGCCAUCUAUCUACGCCGCCCGCGUCGCACGCCGUCGCCGUCUUCAGCGCCGAGACCGCGCUAUAGAGGAGCGCGUUUUGCUCCGCGGCGGUCACUCCGCCGCCGAUGCCGCCGCCGGCGCCGCUUUAGCCGAACACGCCGUUCCGCGCGAUGCCUUGCAGUUGCUGGAUGAGUUGGGCACUGGGCAUUAUGGAGUUGUGCAUCAGGCGGUGUUGCGCCGCCCAGCGAGAGCUGCGCUUGGAGUUGCUGUCAAGGCGCCACGAGCAGAUGCGCCAGUUGGUGCGGCCGCUGAGCUUCUUCGCGAGGCAGCACUUCUCGCGACAUUGAAACACGACCACGUUGUGCGUUUCACAGGUAAUUAA